AGGUGGGGAGGGGGUCUCUUUUUGAAUCCCUCAGCUGCAGAUCAAAUGCUCCCUGUGCGGGCUGUGGAGGAAGCGCCCCCUGAAUGGAAGUAAUCGCGCAACUUCUCUCCAGCAGUUGUUCCGGCGCCGAAGCGGCAGCAAACUCUUCUCUCUAGGAUUUGCUCGUUGCGACCAGCCGGACUGGACCUUGGUACUUUCGCGACCCGCCGACAUGUAUUCAGCAGCGCUGCUGCUGAUGCUGGCCGCCAGGAUGUGCGCGGACGGCGUGGAGCGGCCAACAGCUGGCUGCACCUUUGAUGAGGACUCGGAUUCUGGCCUGUGUGAAUACCGCCAGGGUCAGGAGGACGACUUUGACUGGCAGCUGAUCAAGACCUUCAACUGGCCACACCCGACGGCGGACCUCCUGCCAGGGUCCUUCAUGAUGGUCAACUCCUCGCAGCAUCUGGGGGGCCAGAGAGCGCAGCUCUACCUGCUCCCCUUGAGUGAGAACGACACCCACUGCAUACAGUUCAGCUACUUCCUGUACAGCCGCGACGGCCACAGCCCUGGAGCCCUGCAGGUCUACAUCCGGGUCAACGGCGGUCCCAAGGGCAGUGCCGUGUGGAAUAUCUCUGGCUCCCAGGGACGCCAGUGGCACCAGGUGGAGCUGGCUGUAAGCACAUUCUGGCCCAGUGAUUACCAGGUCAUCUUUGAAGCGACUGUUUCCGAUGAGCGACAGGGCUACAUUGCCUUGGACGACACCGUGCUGCUCAAUUAUCCAUGUUACAAGGUGCCUCAUUUCUCUCGGCUGGGUGACGUGGAGGUGAACGCCGGGCAGAACGCCUCGUUUCAGUGCGUCGCCACGGGCAAAGUCUCUGAGACCGAGCCAUUCGUGCUUGAGCGGCGAAACAGCGUCGUGCUCGACACUUCCUGGCUGUCGCGGCUGAGCCACAAGCGACUGAUGGCAACUUUUCAGGUGGAGGCGCAGCGGGGAGAGCAGGACCUCUACCGCUGCAUCACUCUGUCCCCAAGAGGUGCCGCUGUCUCCAACUUUGGAGAACUCAUUGUGAGAGUGCCCCCCACCCCGAUCGCUCCGCCCCAGCUCCUGCGUGCGGGACCCACCUACCUGAUCAUCCAGCUCAACACCAACUCCAUCGUUGGAGAUGGACCUGUCAUUCGACGGGAAAUCCAAUACCGGGCCAGCCAGUCAGCCUGGAAAGAGACCCACGUGGUGGGCUCACUUACCUACAAGGUUUGGCACCUGGAGCCAGACACGGAGUACUACAUCAGCGUCCUGCUAACCCGGCCCGGGGAGGGCGGCACCGGAGCGCCUGGGCCACCGCUGGUCAGCAGAACCAAGUGUGCAGAGCCCAUGCGUGCCUUGCGUGGCCUCACAGCCACAGAGAUCCAGCCGCGCCUCCUGGCCCUCCAGUGGGAGCCGCUGGGCUACAACCUCACACGCUGCCACACAUACACGCUAUACCUCUGCUACCGCUACUCCAUGCCAACGGGGAGCAGUGGGGGCAACAACGCCACCGUGAGGGAGUGCCUGUCAGUGGACCGCAACACCUCCCGCUUCACCCUGAGGGACCUGCCACCCUUCCGCGCUGUCCACGUGAGGCUGGCACUGGCCAACCCGGAGGGGAAGAAGGAGAGCCGGGAAGUCACCUUUCAGACGGAGGAGGACAUUCCUGGAGGCAUCGCUCCCGAGUCUUUGACCUUCACUCCACUCGAUGACAUGAUCUUCCUGAAGUGGGAGGAGCCUGUGGAGCCCAACGGUCUUAUCACACAGUAUGAGAUCAGUUACCAGAGCGUUGAAUCCUCUGACCCUGGCAUCAAUGUCCCUGGACCUCGUCGUACAGUGUCCAAACUGAGGAACGAAACCUACCACAUGUUCUCCGGCCUGCACCCCGGAACCACAUACCUGGUCUCUGUUCGUGCCCGGACCGCCAAAGGCUUUGGCCAGACUGCUCUUACAGAGAUCACUACGAACAUAUCUGCCCCUGUGUUUGACUAUGAAGACGUCCCGUCUCCGCUGAGCGAGUCAGAGAGUACCAUCACCGUGCUGCUGCGCCCUGCCCUGGGGAGAGGAGCGCCUGUCAGUGCCUACCAGGUGGUUGUGGUGGAAGAGGACGGCUCCCGCCAGGUGAGGAGGAGGAAGAGAAGGAGGGAGCUGGGAACCGAGGACUGCUUCCCUACUGCAAACUCCCACAGUGAGGCGCAGGUCAAAGGGGCCCAACAUUACUACACAGCUGAGCUGGCCCCCAGCAGUCUGCCGGAGGCCACGCCUUUCACCGUGGGUGACAAUCACACCUACAAUGGCUACUGGAACAGUCCUUUAGACCCUACCAAGAACUACCUCAUCUACUUCCAGGCUACCAGCAAUUUCAAAGGGGAGACCAGGAUAAAUUGUAUUCGGAUUGCUCGCAAAGCUGCCUGUAAGGACUCCAAGAGAGCUCUGGAGGUAUCCCAGCAUGCCGAGGACAUGGGUCUGAUCCUGGGAGCCUGCGCCGGAGGUCUGGUGGUCCUCAUUCUCCUCUUGGGGGCCAUUGUCAUCAUCGUGAAGAAGGGAAGGGACUUCUAUUCUUACCCUUACUACCCCAGGAAGAAGGUGGCCAUAAACAAGGCGGCCAUGUCCUACAGGCAGGAGAAGAGUCGCAAGCUGAGCCCUCUGGACUGCAGCAUGACCGAGCAGAGCACCCUCCAGCAGGACGAUAGGAUGGCCCACUCCUUCAUGGACGCCCACGGCUGCAACGCUCGAAACGAGCAGCGGAGCUCCGUCAACGAAUCCAGCAGCUUGUUGGGAGGCUCGCCCCAGCGUCACUGUCGGAGGAAGAGUUCGCCUUAUCACACGGGUCAACUCCACCCCGCGGUGAGGGUGGCCGACCUCCUGCAGCACAUCAACCAGAUGAAGACGUCCGAGGGAUACGGCUUCAAGCAAGAGUACGAGAGUUUUUUUGACGGCUGGGAUGCCACUAAAAAGAAAGACAAGACCAAAGGACGACGUGACAGCCUACUCAGCCCUGAUCGGCAUCGAGUCAAGCUCCACUCUCUCCUGGCAGACCCCAGCUCAGAUUACGUCAAUGCGAACUACAUAGAUAUUCGGAUAAACAGGGAAGGUUACCAGAGAUCCAAUCACUUCAUUGCCACUCAAGGCCCAAAGCAGGAGAUGAUCUAUGAUUUUUGGCGGAUGGUUUGGCAGGAGAAUUGCUUCAGCAUCGUCAUGCUCACCAAGCUGGUGGAAGUCGGCAGGAUGAAGUGCUGUAAGUACUGGCCCGAUGACACCGAGCUGUAUGGUGACAUUAAGAUAACACUACUGAAGACAGAGACCCUGGCAGAGUACACGGUCCGCACCUUUGCCAUGGAGAGGAGGGGCUACCCUGCCAAACACGAGGUGUGCCAGUUCCACUUAACUUCCUGGCCUGAGCACGGCGUGCCGUACCACGCCACUGGCCUGCUGGCCUUCCUGCGCCGAGUCAAGGCCUCCACGCCCCCCGAUGCUGGACCUGUGGUCGUCCACUGCAGUAUGGGGGCAGGCAGGACUGGCUGCUACAUUGUGCUGGAUGUCAUGCUGGAUAUGGCCGAGUGUGAAGGCGUGGUGGACAUCUACAACUGCGUUAAGACCCUCUGCUCCCGUCGUAUCAACAUGAUCCAGACCGAAGAGCAGUAUGUGUUCAUCCAUGAUGCCAUCCUGGAGGCUUGCCUUUGUGGAGAGACUGCCAUCCCCGUGUCGGAGUUUGCUCUUACCUACAAGGAAAUGCUGAAAGUCGAUUGCCAGAGCAACACCUCACAGCUCCGAGAGGAGUUCCAGACCCUGAACUCUGUGACCCCUCACCUGGAUGUGGAGGAGUGCAGCGUCUCUCUGAUGCCCAGGAACCGAGAGAAGAACCGGAGCAUGGACGUUUUGCCGCCGGACCGCUCUCUGGCCUUCUUGGUCACCACAGAGGGUGAGAGCAGCAACUACAUCAAUGCAGCGCUGGCCGACAGCUUCCUUCGGCCUGCUGCCUUUGUGGUGACCCCACACCCGCUACCUGGCACCACCACCGACUUCUGGAGGCUCAUUUAUGACUACAGCUGCACCUCUGUGGUGAUGCUGAACCAGCUUAACCAAUCCAAUUCUGCUUGGCCCUGUCUGCAGUAUUGGCCUGAGCCUGGAUUACAGCAAUUUGGGCCCAUGACCGUGGAGCUUUUGUCCAGGACCGCAGAUGAUGACGUCAUCAUCCGCCUCUUCCGGAUUCAGAACAUCACUCGGCUCCAGGAGGGUCAGCUCGUGGUGCGCCACUUCCAGUUCCUGCGCUGGUCCCCAUACCGUGAUGUGCCCGACUCUAAAAAAGCCUUCCUCAGCCUUUUGGCACAGGUUCACAACUGGCAGAGGGAGUGUGGCGAGGGACGCACCGUCGUCCACUGCCUGAAUGGCGGCGGUCGAAGCGGUACUUUCUGUGCCUGCACCAUGACCCUGGAAAUGAUACGGCAUCACAGCGUAGUGGACGUGUUCUUUGCUGCCAAAACGCUGCGCAAUUCAAAGCCAAACAUGGUGGAGACAAUGGAGCAGUACCGUUUCUGCUAUGAGUUGGUCCAGGAGUAUCUGGACUGUUUGGAAGUCAGAUAGCGCCAGCUUUUUUCACUGCAUCCCUUCCCAAGGAAACGCUCUGGAUCUUUGCUCCUGCCUCAUUAGUCCCCCUACGCACUGCUCUGGUUGGAUACUCCGCCAUGCUUUGAUAAAAUCUCGAUCAACCCUAAAGAGAAAACUUCCAACUUGUAACACACCACUCAAGACACCCCCCCCCCCCCUUCUCCUUGACCCCCUGAUCCAAGCUGAACUCUUCUGUGCCAUUUGUCAUCUGCCAAAACCAGAGGACUUCAACAGCAGUGCUGCUGAUUUUAACAGGAGCGCUGUUGAGGCAGCCUGGCUCCAUGUUGUACACCAACGAGAUUUAAGGAGCUCCUCUGGAUCCUGCCUUACAGUAAAUAAACACUAAAAAAGGAACGACAGUUGAUGCCAUUCACUGGGUGAUAUUUUGUGUUUGUAACACUGUAAAUGGUGCAAUCUGCUGUUGGUGAACAUCCAAUGUUGUUCUGUACUGUAUUUGAAUUUUAAUGUGGAUAACGCCUAAAACUGAAGAUUAAGAACUGAUGAAAAAAGAAAGCAGACUUUUACCUGACGGACAUUCGUGUUCAGUAGAUUAGUCUCUGACCUAAUUUCUCUUUAUUUAUUUGUGGGUAUUGAUGUUUUUAUUUUCCUUCAUCUGAUAUUCCUAGAUGUUCCCAAUGUCUUAAUCACUGUGCCAUUCUCUCUCUCUCUCUCUCUCUCUCUCUCUCUCUCUCUCUCUCUCUCUCUCUCUCUCUCUCUCUCUCUCUCUCUCUCUCUCUCUCUCUCUCUCUGUCUGUUAAUGGGUCGGGGUUCAGCAUCUGCAUGCCCAGUCUUAACUGUUUCAUUGCAAUGUGUGACCCAAGUCUGCUGUAAGAGUACGGCAAAUAAUUUGUUGCUUUCUAGGUUUGUAUUUAUUCAGUGUGUGUGAUUUUCUAAAUAGUGUGUACAACAGGAGAAAAAAAUAAAAUAUGCUCCUCACCGCAA